CUUGGUAUAAAGAUAAAGCGUCCGCGAGAGGCAGCAGCAAACCCGAGCACCGCACCGCACCGCGAAGCCCAGCGAAACCGCGAGCGCGUGCAUGCGCGCCGCCGAGGAAUAGAAGGAGAUAGAGGUGGUCACCGCGCCGGGUGAGGUGGUCACCGCGGCGGGCGCGCGGGCGUACGACAAGCCGAGCCAGCCCACGGGGCGCGACGGGAAGAGAUAGCAAGCGAGCUGAGCGCGUAUCAUAAUACAAGCGGCCGCACCGCAACUACCAUUGCAGCCCCCACCGAGAGCAGAGCCCCGGGUUAUUUUUAUUCUGCUUCUUCUUCCUCUUGCACGUCUCGCGGGCGGGGGCGCGGGGAGCGGCCAUGUGGACGCCGUCGCGCGGGAGCAACGCGCGGCGGACGGGCCACCGGCGCAUCGCGGAGUGCCUGGCGGACGACCAGACCACCAACACCGACACCUCCGACAACGAGUCCUUCACCACCGCCUAUGGGGACGAGUUCUUCGCCGCGGCCGCCGGGGGGAGCGGCGGCGGGGGCAUGCUCCCGGCAUUCCUCGCCGACCAGGAGGACCUGGUGGAGGUCAUGCUGGAGCUGGACGAGGAGUCCAUGGUGGUGCGCAGCGUCACGCCCACCAGGGCCGCGCUCUACAGCGCCGCCGCGAUGCCGCACACGCCGGAGGCGCCGGGAGGAGGCGGCGGCCCCCUCAGCCGCUGCUCGUCCACGUCCUCGCGGAUACGGAAGAAGUUCGCGUGGCUGCGGUCGCCGUCCCCUGCGCCGUCGCCCUCCCCGCGCGUGCCCACGCCCGCCGAGCUGCAGCGGGAGGCGGCCAUGGCGGCCCGCGAGCGGCGCCGCAUCCAGGCGCGGGUCAACCGGUCGCGCGCCGGCGCCAAGCGCGCGCUCAAGGGCCUCCGCUUCAUCAGCCGCACCACCGGCUCCCUGGAGGCCGCGGAGCUGUGGCGCCGCGUGGAGGAGCGCUUCAAUGCCCUCGCCCACGACGGCCUCCUCUCCCGCGACAACUUCGGCGAGUGCAUCGGAAUGGUGGACUCGAAGGAGUUCGCGGAGGGCAUCUUCGACGCGCUGGCGCGGCGGCGGCGGCAGAGCCUGGAGCGGAUCACCAAGGAGGAGCUCUACGACUUCUGGCUCCAGAUCUCCGACCAGAGCUUCGACGCGCGGCUCCAGAUCUUCUUCGACAUGGUGGACACCAACGUGGACGGGAGGAUCACGAGGGAGGAAGUACAGGAGCUGAUCGUGCUGAGCGCGUCGGCGAACAAGCUGGCGAAGCUCAAGGAGCAGGCGGAGGAGUACGCGGCGCUCAUCAUGGAGGAGCUCGACCCGGAGAACCUCGGCUACAUUGAGCUGUGGCAGCUGGAGACGCUGCUGCUCCAGCGCGACACGUACAUGAACUACAGCCGGCCGCUGAGCACGGCGAGCGGCGCGCAGUGGAGCCAGAACCUCGGCGUGGGCGCCGGCGGGGCCGUGCCGCCCGCCGCCAAGGGGGAGGAGGACGGCAGCGGCCCGCAGACGUGGGGGGAAGGGAUGAGGGAGCGGCGGCGCGGGUGGGGCCGCGGCGUGGCCAGGGCGGCGUCGCACGUGCGGGUGGCGGCGGAGGAGAACUGGCGGCGCGCGUGGGUGCUGGCGCUGUGGGUCGCGGCCAUGGCGGCGCUGUUCGUGUGGAAGUUCGUGCAGUACCGGCGCACGGAUGCGUUCCAGGUGAUGGGCUACUGCCUGCCGACGGCCAAGGGCGCCGCCGAGACGCUCAAGCUCAACAUGGCGCUCGUCCUCCUCCCCGUCUGCCGCAACACGCUCACCUGGCUCCGCUCCUCCUGGGCCCGCUUCUUCGUCCCCUUCGACGACAACAUCACCUUCCACAAGAUGAUCGCGACGGCGAUCGUGGUGGGGAUCACGCUGCACGCGGGGAACCAUCUGGCGUGUGACUUCCCGCGGGUGAUCGCGUCGGGGCCGGAGGAGUACCGGCUGGUGGCGGGCGCGUUCGGGGCGUCCAAGCCGACGUACGGGCGGCUCAUCUCCGGGGUGGAGGGCGUGACGGGCAUCGCCAUGGUGGUGCUCAUGACCGUCUCCUUCACCCUGGCCACCCACCCGUUCCGCAAGGGCGAGAAGGAGGCCUCCGCGUCGCGGCUGCCGGCGCCCCUCCACCGCCUCGCCGGCUUCAACGCCUUCUGGUACUCCCACCACCUCCUCGGCUUCGUCUACCUCCUCCUCCUCGCCCACGGCUACUUCCUCUUCCUCGUCCGCCGCUGGUACGAGAAAACGACAUGGAUGUACAUUUCGGUCCCUCUGGUGCUCUAUGUCGGCGAGAGGAUGCUGCGAGCCUUGCGGUCCAAUGCUCAUACUGUCAAAAUCAUCAAGGUGAUGCUUCUACCUGGAAGUGUACUGACAAUACAAAUGUCAAAGCCCUACGGAUUUCGAUAUAGGAGUGGACAGUAUAUCUUUCUUCAGUGUCCGACGAUCUCUCCAUUUGAAUGGCAUCCUUUCUCCAUCACCUCAGCUCCUGGAGAUGACUACCUCGCUGUUCACAUUCGCACAAAUGGAGACUGGACGCAAGAGCUCAAGCGCAUAUUUGCCGAGAACCACUACUCGCUGCACAUGAACAGAAGAACUUCAUUCAGCGAGUUAGGCGCGGCAGAACCUAGAACCACUGUCCCACCAAAAUUGCUUGUAGAUGGUCCAUAUGGUGCCCCUGCACAGGAUUUCAGAAACUACGAUGUUCUGCUUCUAGUCGGCCUUGGAAUUGGAGCAACACCGUUCAUAAGCAUUCUAAAGGACCUACUUAACAAUAUUAAGCUUGCUGAUGAGCUGAUGGACUUGGCAAUGGAGACUACUCAAACUAGUAGGUCUGAGGACAGUGCCAACAGCUUCAGUGUCUCAACAGCUAGCAGCAACAGGAAGAGAUCAUAUAGAACAAGCCGCGCACAUUUUUACUGGGUUACUCGCGAGCCCAUGUCGUUUGAAUGGUUCAAAGGAGUGAUGAAUGAGGUUGCCGAAAUGGACAAGAAGGGUGUCAUAGAGUUGCACAAUUAUCUUACGAGCGUGUAUGAGGAGCGUGAUGCACGAACAACUCUGCUGUCGAUGGUCCAAGCUCUGAACCAUGCUAAACAUGGUCUCGACAUCGUCUCGGGCACCAGGGUGAGGACACACUUUGCCAGGCCAAACUGGAGGGAAGUCUUCACCAAAAUCGCCGCCAAGCAGCCGAAUUCAACAGUUGGAGUGUUCUACUGCGGCGCGCCGACGCUGGCCAAAGAACUGAAGAAACUGUCUCACGAGAUGAGCCACAAGACGUCGACGCGCUUCCAUUUCCACAAGGAGUACUUCUGAUGGGAAGAAGCAUUGAUUCUUCUGAUCUGCAAAAUAGCGUUAGGCACCGGUAAAGAAGGAGGAAAUUUUUUGCACAGAAGCAAAGCAAACUGACCUCUCUCUCUUCCUGAUCUGGAACUGUACAUAGUAUAAAGAAGAACAGCCUGUUAGGGGAGGGUAGUUAGUGCCAUUUAUAAUAUAUAUUAUUAACAAAAAAGAAAGUAAAGGGAGGCUGAUGUAUCCAAAAGGAGAAGGAAAGAGGCAGGGUAAAGAGUUGGGUUAAAUUUCAGAUAUACUAAUAUACAUGUACACAGUAUAGUUGUAGGUAGUUACGUAUGAAAUGCUAGCUAAAGCAUAUGUACAAGGGCCGGAGGCUGCCAUUCUGAAUGUAAAUCUUCCGGGCAUUCAUUCAUGUGUGCAUCUGUGCCUAUCGGCUGCUGGUAAUAAACUCAGGUGUAUUGACACUUUCUUCCU